AUGUUGGUGAUGAAGGUGCUACUGCUGCUUGGAAAGAGUACAGUGAACGUCAUACAAACAAUGAAGUAUCUGAUGAACUCUCUACUCAUUCAAAAAUUGACUCAGAAGAAGACAUUAAAAAUCCUAUUGAUAAUGUUCAUAUCACAGGAAAUGACUUGAGUAACCCUAAGAGCAAGUAUGUCAACCGUGACCCUACAAGCGCAAAUACCUCUACCACAAUUGGUGGUCUUGGUGACUCCUCUGGUAUUGACUCAAAAGCCAUUACCAACAAUGACGUUACUGUACCUGCAAGUACUUCUUAUGCCGAUGAUAAAAUGACAGGCAAUACUGACAAUGGUUUUACUGCUACUACUGCUGGAGCUGGUGUAGCAGCUGGCACAGGUCUUGGUGCUGGUAUUGGUGCUCUUACAGCCAACAAAAAAAGCGCUGACACUCAUACUUCUGAAAUGAACAACAACGAUUUCUCAAAUGAUCGUGAAGUUCUUAGCUCUCAAUCUCCUAAUGACAAGUCCUUUGACUCUACUGAGAUGCAAGGCAGUGGUUUGUUUUCAAGCGAAACUUUUGGCGAUACAACUGCAGGUCUCAUUCCUGGUACUACUGACAGUAUCGUAGCUACUGAUGAUAUUACAAACGACUCAACUCGUAUGAAUCUUGGAACUACUAAUAGUAUCUCAAAUGAUGACGGUUAUACUACGGGGGAUGCUCUCAAAGCAAGUGAUGAUCUUGCUCAAAAUUCUGUUAUGGGUAGCACUCCUGGGGCCACAGAUGGUUUUACUCAUGACAAAAUGGAUGGCAUGAAUGAUGGCUUGUCUCCUAAAUCAACAAAUGCAAGUAAGAAUAUUGAUUCCAAUACUAGUGGUAUUGCCGCUGGUGGCCUUGCUGCUGGAGGUCUUGCAGCCGGCGGUUUUGCAGCCAGCAGACUUGCAUCUGGUAAUCGCGAUACGACUAGAUAUUCACCUGAAGUAAGCGAAAAUACUGUUGGUACUCCUAAUGACACUAUGGGGUCUCCAAGCGGAUUCAAGCCUCAUGCUGGAGACAAUGCUGUCAGUACACCUAAUGAUAUGGACAGCAGUGUACUUGGUACUCGUAGCACAGGUGACAAUAUUGAUCCUAUCCUUACUUCCAACAAUCUUGAUGUAGCUCCUAUUUCCAACAACAACAAUCUUACUGACAAUGCUGCCCCCCGCACCAAUAAUGACAUGGUUACUCCUAACGAAAACUUAACUGCUGCUUCUCAUGCAAGUGCCACUUCUACAGAUCCAAAGAGAAGAAGUAGUCCGGAACAUAGCCAAAAAGAUUUAUCUACGGGGCUUGAUGGUGCUGGUGCUGGUGCCGCCACAGGUUUUGGCAAUGCUUAUCAUCGCCAACAACAAUCCGACCGUCGUACACCCGAUAUUCAAAUCAACCAAGACCUUGAUCCCAAAACUAUCAAGCAGACAAACUAUUCUCUUGAACGUGAGCACGCUAACAACUUGGAUGAUGUCUAUCGUACCAAUGCUCGUAACAUGGAUCAAAAUGUGGUUAAUGCUCAACACCCAGAAGUAACAACUGAUUCUAACAAUAUCAACAAUGUGUAUCGUACAAGUGCUCAAGGUGAACAACAGAACAUGCCGACACCCGACAAUGAAGCUAUCACCACGGCCACAAACCCUAACGAUAUCAACCAAGUCUAUCAAACUACGGCUCAAAAUGUGAAUUCAAAUGAAUCUAUCAAUCGACAAUCGAACAAUAUUGAAAAUGUCUAUCGCACCACACCUACCAGUGCUACACCUCAAGGAAACCGCACACCUGCUGGAUCAAACACACCUAUGAACCUUAGUCGUGACCAAAUGAACCAUCACUUGGACGGUACAAGCCAUGAACCUCAUGCCCAGGAACAUAGAAAAGGCAGUGGUUCUCCUGUAGAUAAGCGUCGUAUCAGCAGAAAGGAGAAGGGCGUUCUUGGCUCUGCAGUUGCUUCUACGGUUGGUGGUAUCUUUGGUUUUGGCAAGUCUCGCAGAAAGAGUGCUCCUGAUCAUACAACAACGGAUCGUGCUGCAACAAGUGGUCCUGUCCUUAAUAAAUCGGGUGAACAUCCUGCAGGUUUUCGAAACAUGGAUAAGACUGAUUCUUCUCGCCUUGGUACCAACACGUUGGCUAAUAAUGGCAACCUGUUGAACAAACCUAACCAAGAGGGUCGCGCACCUACUGAAGCCACAGCAAAUUCCACAGAGAGUUUGAGCAGUAUGCGUGCCAUCGCAGGUGAUAAUGGUCCUCCCCGUUCAGCAGAGGUCAAGGACAGUACGCAGGGUGGUAAUUUCCACAACGUCACUGACUCUACGGAUGCUUCUUACCGUGACCAUCAUUAUCACAAAAAAGGCGAUGUACACAAGCGCAACAGCCUUACGCAAGGAAUCAGGGAUAAGGCAGCUCAUGUAUUUAGACGUAAGAGUCAUUCUUAUGAUGAACCCGCCAAAGAACGUCGAUUGUCAGAUGCUGAAGCUUUCAAGAAACAAACCUUACAACACGAUACUUCUUUAGGCGCAACGCAUGCUAGUCCUACUUCGAUGGGUGCUGGCCCUACUUCGAUGGGUGCUGGUCCUACCUCUACGGGUGCUGGUCCUACUUCUACGGGUGCUGAUCCUACCUCUACGGGUGCUGGUAAUUUGGAUAACCAUCAACAAUUUGCUCGCAUGCCUAACAUGAAGAAAUUGAAACCUACUGGUGCUGGCGAUAUGGAUGGUUCUGCUCAAGAUAAUUCUAUCAAAAACACAGAUGAACAGCCAGGUUUUUCUUCGUCUUCUCCUCCUGCUCAGCAAGCGAAUUCUCCUACAAAAGGAAGUUAUCGUAGUGGACAAAUGGAACGUAGAAGGGGGUCCAUUCAAGAAAACAAUUGGUAAGAUCUUCCAUAGCGAAGUCAUGCAAGAUAAAGGUACUUUAGCUGAAAUAUCUGGUCAAGCCAAAAUCAAUGCUUACAAUGCUAUUCAUCCUUCUACCUAAUAAUAAUAAUAAAAAAAGAAUCUUUUCAAUGCCAACUUUUAAACUCAG